AUGUUGCUUGCCAACGUCUUCAUCUGCGGGAGAAGAUACGCAUCUGCGAAGCGGGAGUACGAGCAAGAGCGAAGGCUUCGCGCGGCAGCUGACAAGCUGGGGGACUUCCUUGGAACCCUCAUACCUAAACCUCUUCAUCAUCGCCUCAAGUCACAAGCCAAGCAAUGGAUUGCAGGCAACAUGGAGCACUGCUCCGUCAUGUUUGUAAGCUUGUCACCCUCAGCGACUGAGCUCUUCUCUCCCUCGACCCUCGAAACUUUCCAGCUCAUCGACAACGUCUUCACCCGCCUUGACACGAUCGUGGACGAGUUCGGUUACUUCAAGUACCACCACGUGCAGGAUACGUACGUGAUCUGCUGUCCGAGGACGUCUCGCCCCUUCCAUGCGCCUGAUUGUCCCGCUCGAUACAAGCAGACCACUUCGAGAGCGAUGGUGGCGCUUGCGAGCAGAAUCAUCGAGGAAGUGCAGGAGUUCCGGGCGCUCAGCGGGGAGCCGCUAUGGGUCAAAGUAGGGAUCGCGUGCGGGCCGCUGGCAGGAGCGAUCGUGGGAGCGCAUCGGAGGUUCUACUGCUUGUUCGGGGAUACGAUCAACACCAGCGCGCGUAUG